AUGGCGACACGUCCACCGCCUGACGACGAACUACCCCAGCACUUCCUAUUCUCGUCGAGUCUUCCCGAGGGCCCCCCCUCUCCACAGCCUGCACCAACACCUGCAGCAGCAGCAGCAGCAGCAGCAGCAGCAGCAGCAGAGGGGGGGAUGGGCGGCAGCAGCAGCGGCGGGGAGGCGGAGCGACAGGGCAGCCCGCAGCAGCGGGAGCAGACACAGAAGAACCAGCAGCAGCGGCAAGAGUAG